AAGGGGCUUAUAGGAAUGCAUUUGAUAUAGAUUUUUAGCUUCUGGAAUUGGAAGCGAAACUAAAUUACCAACGUGAAGCUAAACUAGUUUUCGUAUGUAACGGUGACCGAAUUCUUAUCAAUAUGUCGGAAUGUCCUAGUGGAUGGCGCGAACACGGUCAGUCUUGCUAUUUCUUUAGUCAUGAUGAAGAAUACUGGACAGGAGCUUUUGAAAUGUGUCGAAUUAUUGGUGGUCAGUUGGUAGAGAUUGAGGAUGAGUUUGAAAAUAGCUACAUAACAUCUGUUAUAGCAUCUACUGGACGCGAAUACUGGAUAAGCUUGAGUGACAUAGUGGAGGAGAAUAGAUGGGUCUGGAUGACAAGCAUGACACCUAUAACGUACACUAAUUGGGAUAACAACGAACCAACGUCAGUAUUCCAUGGACAUUUGGAAAACUGCGUCGAUAUGCACACCAAUGGCAAAUGGAAUGACGUCACGUGUACGACGCGAAAAUUUUAUGUCUGUGAGAAACAAAAUGUUGGAAUCGAUGUCAUCGGUUAGAAAAGAAUUGAUUACCUGACACCAUGGUUCGAUUGGAAGUAAAGAAAUUUGUCAUUUAUUUUAAUAAAUUAUGUUUAAAACUUA